AUGGAAAUGAUAAUCUACAUGGAACCGAGUACAGACGAUGAAAUCUACCGAACACAAGUUCUAUGUUCAAGGCAGGGCCAUUGCCUAAACGCCAGUCUCACGAACUUGUUGGCACUGGGAAUGAUUGAGUUGAACAUUGACGAAUCUGAAGAGGUUGCUUGGGUUGGUUGGAAAAAGCUUCAAGAUAUUGCUUUAGGUAUUGCCAAAGGAAUUGAAUAUCUUCACCAAGGUUGUGAUCAAAGAAUCCUCCAUUUUGAUAUCAAACCUCAUAAUAUUUUACUUGAUCACAAUUUUAAUCCAAAAAUAACUGAUUUUGGCCUAGCCAAAUUAUGUUCCAAGGAACAAAGUGCAGUUUCUAUGACUACAGUUAGGGGAACCAUGGGCUAUAUCGCUCCAGAGAUGUUAUCCAGGAAUUUAGGGAAUGUGUCUUCCAAGUCAGAUAUUUUUAGCUAUGGAAUGCUAUUACUUGAAAUGGUAGGAGGAAGGAAGAAUAUUGAUGUUACUGUGGAUAAUACUAGCCAAGUUUACUUCCCAGAAUGGAUUUAUAAUCAUCUAGAUCAAGGUAAAGAGCUACAAAUUCGAAUUGAUGAAGAAAGAGAUACUCAAAUAGUAAAAAAAUUGACAAUUAUUGGACUUUGGUGUAUUCAAUGGUUCCCAGUGGAUCGUCCUUCUAUGAAGCUUGUGGUUCAGAUGUUAGAAGGAGAACAUAAUUUAUCCACGCCUCCCAAUCCUUUCACUUGCACCAGUCCAACAAAAACAAAUGCAAGCACAUCUAAAAGAUACCUUCAACAAGAGUUAACAGUUCUCAUAAAUUGAAUGAAAGAUGUUAUCAUGUCUUUUUCAAUUUUUA